CUUGCGAUUCUCAAUGAUGUUCGUGAGCGCCACUCGUCGGCGCGUCCGCCUUGCAGGGCAUGCGAGUCGGUCCCUGUCAUUUUUCGACAAGAUGUUCUCAUACGGAGGCAAUGAUGAUGUGAAGGCAUCAUCGGCCGGAGGAAGCAGCGGGUACCAGCUGGCGUUACUGGGAUAUGUCGCCGGCACAAUGUUCCCCAAGGACUCGUUGAAGCGCAUCUUGACCAACGACCCAGGGUUUCUGAUGGGACAUGUCCUCGUGGGAGCCAGCGAAUAUCUGCAUCCUCGUUUGCACGGCGAUUCCCAAGAUGCGGUCCGUCGCGUCGACACUGUGAAGGCUUUGCUUGUUGACGGUUCAGCGCAGUCAAAGACUGAGACUCUGCACGUGCAUGCACUGAGUGCGCUGGUGGGUGGUCGCUAUCGAGAAGCUUCCGUUGCAUACGAGACAAUUCUCCGCGAAGACGCCACGGACCUCCUCGCUGUCAAAUGUGCCGUCGACAUCUACACCCUCCUCGGAGACGCGAGGAAUAUGCAGGACACCAUCUCGCGAGUGUUGCCGCAAUGGCAGACAAACCACCAAGGAUACAGUCACCUGAUGUCGCUUCAAGCGUUCGCCGUACAAGAGCGCGGGGACUUUGCUGCGGCGGAGUCGCUGGCCCAUCGAUCCAUGUCCAUGAACAACGAAGAUGGAAGCGCAUUCCACGCCUUGCUGCACGCGCUAGAAUCCCAAGGAAAGCACCAAGACGGCGCGAGUAUGGUGCAGCGACAUCGCGAUGCCUGGUCCGAAUACGCGGUCCUCAAGGCGCAUCUCACGGUCCAUUGGAUGUACUUUUUAAUUGAAACUGGCCGCUUUGACCGCGUCGUGGCGUUGCUCAAGAACGACGUGCUCGUGCCCGACGAGGUGUUGUCGGCCAAUGGGCUUGUGGACGUGACCCAAGUGUACUGGCGCCUCCGCUUUGCCGGGUUCGACGUGCCCUUUGUCCUGGAGGAACUGGAUCGCCAAUGGACGGCCGUCGUCAAGGAUGCGGAGACGGUGCCGCUGAGUCCCCUCGCCGCCCUCCAUGCGCAUAGCGUGUUCUCGUUGCUUCGACCAGAAUCGGACACCCCGCAAAUCUCGGAUCAAGCGUUCGCGUGCGACGUACAGGCCUUACAUGCGGCCUGGGUCGGCCAAGGACUUUCCAUCGAUAGGAUUGUCCAAUUCAGCCAUCGAUUGCCUGGCAAUGGAGAAGGGCACGUCGUGGCGACUCUGCUCGACGCCAUCUCGGCGUAUGCCAAGGUGCGUUGCUUUAUUAUCCGGAGUUUCCGGAUAAGGCGACUUUUUUCCAUUAGGGGCAAUUCCAUGUGGCGGUGGACAAACUGCUUUCGGUCCGAGGCCAUCUUCACGUACAUACGUCCUUGCGUUCUUCUGGGUGCUUCAUGCAUGGAUGUCCGCUAGGUCGUCGGGGGCACCCGCGUGGAAGCCGAGUUCUUCGAACUUCUCCUCGUCGAUGCGGCCCGCGCAUCCUCGCAACUCGACCUGGCCAAGCUGCUCCUCAUCGAACGGUACUGCGUCCUCGUAGCUCAUUGCUCAGACAGAAUUUUGUUGAUGUUCGACUCUACUAGCUUAAAUAUCAAGCCCCACAGUGCGCAGUACUGGAAAACCUAUGGGGACAUCAUGGAAGACCUCCAGGACGAAGCUGGCGUCGACGGAGCGAGGCGCAUGAGCUACGUUCUCGGAUUGGGUCAAGCGGGAACGAAUGCAGCAUAAAAGCCCUAAAUAGAAGGCUCUGGAUAGGGUUUAGAGCUAGAAUCCACCUAAAUAGACAAAAAAUACGGAAAAAUUGAUGUAAAUAUUCUAGUAAUACUACUAGUAACUACUCCGGA